AUGAAGCCGCCAGCGCCGAUCAUGCAAAUAGUAAUAGAUUUUAUUGGAUUCCUGUCCAGAUCUACUCUUCCACUCGCCAUUUUUGAACUUCGCACUAAUUUCUUCGAUAAUACAGAUUGGGUGAUUUCUGCUAAUCGUUGGUGGCGUUGUGGGUCUGCUGGUGGCGUUGGAUUGUCUUCUAAAGGCGACGGGCAGGUUGGGUUGAUAGUUGGGGGCGUUUUUGGGGAUGGCAGUAGUGUCAGUUUCAAUGGUAGCAACGGUGGUGGUUUCACCACCACCGCUACCUACCCACCUCAAGUGGUGUCGGAGCUUUGCGGUGACAUCGGCAGUUGCUGA